GUUUAUUGUAUAUAUAUUUUAAAAUUGGGCUAAAACAAAGAUAAGCUCAUACACAUCUAAAUUUUUUCUCUCUUACAAACGAAAAAAGGAAUUAAUAAAGAAGAUGGAUCAGUCAUCAUCGACGUUGCUCAUAAACCGGAGAAAAUCAUCAUCGUCUCCGACGAGGAUACCACCGAAGCAAAAGAGGAAGUCAACGACGAGGAUGACUACGAACAAACCCAUCAAAGUCCGUUACAUAUCAAAUCCUAUGAGAGUCGAGACUUGUCCUUCUAAGUUCAGAGAGCUCGUUCAAGAACUCACCGGUCAAGACGCAGCUGAUCUACCACAGGAACCCACCACUUUCCCGGUCGAAGAAAAUCUCCACCGUCCAUGUGAGUCGUCGGAGAUGAACUCUGAGCCGUUGGAUGGAGGAGGGAUCCGUGAGUACUAUUCACCGAUGGAUGAUGAUGAAGUGUUUGAUGCUCCUCAGAUGUCGGCAAGUCUUUCUGGUUUUUUCUCCUCUGGUUUUUACAAUGUGAAUGCUUUAGGAAGCAUUGGUUCUCUCUGAAUCCAACCAAAAAAAAAAAAAAAACAAUUCUUAUUACAAAAAUACUAUGUAAGUUUCCACACUGAAACAUAUGAAGAAGCAAUCAUCUAGUAUAGUUUUAGGGUUUUUUCAUCGAAAUCUAUAUAUAGUUGCUAGCUUGGUGAAUUAUUUUCGUUUGUGAGUAGAGAGAUACAUAUAUAGCAAAUUACUGUGGUCAUUUCAAUCAUUUGUUUGUUUUUUUUUAUAUAUAUAUAAUAAUCAAAAACCUUAUCAGGUGGUU